UUGACUAACGCAAAGUUCUUUACCAAGGAAGUUGUAAAAAUUGAAAAUUAAAAGAGAAUGACUCAGCAAGCUGACGACAUACCCAAAUGGAUCAAAGUUGAACUCUUUGAAGAAGUUUUCCGUCAAACUCAAUCGAAAUAUCAAAGCACAAGGAAUUUUAGAAUUUCCCAUGCUUUGGCUCCGGGUGAAAAUUACACGACUAUCAUACUCAAGGUCGAAGCGGAAGUUCUGCUUAAAGAUGGUUCGACAGACGAUCUUAGCUAUAUGCUAAAAAUAGGGCACAGUAGCGAAAACCUCCCGAAAGACAUGAAAAAAUUCGAUGUUUUCGAUGUUGAGAACGGUGUGUACAAAGAAAUUGCACCAGAAUUCGAACGAAUGUAUGCCAAGGUUGGUAGGAAAAUAUGCUUUACAGCCAAGUCUUAUACGUUGGCAACUCAGGAAGACCAUGUUCUUCUGGAAGAUUUAGGGCGAUAUGGUUUCAAAAAUGUCAAAAGGCAAGAUUGUUUGGACUUAGAGCAUUUGAAAAGUGCUUUAGAGAAGCUUGCCCAAUGGCACGCUGCUUCUGCGGUGAUGGUUGAACAAAAGGGUAUAUUUGAUAUGAAAUAUCAGAGAGGUAUGUUGAACGAGGAUGGUAAAGUUUUGCUACAGAAUAUGUUUGAUGAUACCGGACGAUAUCUUUUGAAAAACGUAACAAAAUUAGAAGGUCAUGAAGAAUAUUACGAAGAAGUGCGAACAUUCUUUUCGAAAUUUACCGACAUUUUCUUUGAAAAUACUCGGGUCGAUCCUAAGGAAUUCAAUGUUUUAAAUCAUGGCGAUUAUUGGUCGAACAAUAUCAUGUUUCAAUACGGACCGGAUGGCAGUAUUAAAGCCACUUUGCCUGUUGAUUUUCAAGGUCCACGCUACGGUAGUCCCGCUCAGGACUUGCUGUAUUUGAUAUUUUCAUCAGCCAGAUUGAAUAUAAAAAUUUCGAAGUUCGAUUAUCUUAUGAAAUUUUAUCAUCAGAGGCUAAUUGAAAAUCUAAUCAUAUUAAACUAUUGCCAACCUUUACCUACUUUGAGGGAGUUGCAUCAAAUGCUGAUCAAAUAUGGUUUAUGGGACGGUUCUAUAAAACCUUGGAAUUUUAUGAUGAAGACGGCUCACGAUAGUGAAAUGUUGCAAGAGAUGAUGCAACGUUUUGACCUAUUCGACGUCGAAACUGAUAUGUAUCGUCUUAUAAUACCGGAAUUGGAGCAAAUGUAUACCCAGGUGGGUGUUAAUGUCAAAUUUAGUUCCAAAUUUUAUAGAUUACCUGAUAUCGAUGAACCGUACAUUUUGUUGGAAGACUUAAAAUGUCGAGGUUUCAAAAAUGCAAAUCGUCUGGAAGGUUUAGAUAUCAAUCAUACUAAGCAUGUUCUGCAUAAAUUAGCUCAGUGGCAUGCCGCCUCCGCUACCCGAGUCGCGGUUAAGGGCCCAUACAAUGAAAGAUAUAUGAAGGGCUAUUUUAAACCUGAAGGAUACGAUGCUAUGAAAUCUAUGUUUGCCAACCUAACAAAAUAUUUCAUGUCGAGUGUGCCUUCGUAUAAUGAUCACGAAGAGUACUAUGAGGAUCUGUGUAAAAUUGAAAAAGUGCUAGUGGACGAACUAUUUAAAGCGAGUGAAGUUAAUGAGAACGAUUUCAAUGCCUUAAAUCACGGCGACGCUUGGUGCAACAACAUUAUGUUUCAAUCCGAUGACAAUGAUAAUGUACUUGAAACUUACUUGGUAGACUAUCAAUUACCAAAAUACGGUAACAUAGCUCAGGAUCUGUAUUACUUGCUUUUAUCCUCAACGAAAUACGAAAUCAAAUUGAAAGAAUUCGAUUAUCUGAUAUCCUAUUAUCAUCAAAAUUUGGUAAAGCAUUUGCAAUUGUUGAAUUAUCCGCAUAAACUGCCUACGCUGAAAGGCAUCCAUAUGCAACUCUUAAAAUGCAGUAUAUGGGGCGUUACCACCACUUGUGGGAUAAUGGCUGCGGUGCUAUUAGAUCCUAUUGAAAAUGCAAAUUUAGAUAAUUUCCUAAGCGAGAAUGAUGUUGCAGCCGCCUUUAAGAUGCAAAUGUUUAGCAAUCCACGUUACCGUAAACACGCCGAGACCCUAUUACCUUGGCUGUAUUAUCGUGGAGCUUUAGAAGUAUCAGCAGAUCAGUAAUCUUAAAUUUUAAAACAGGCUUUCUAUUAUAACCCUCUUCAAAAGUAUUUAAUUUGUGUUUACCGUAAUAUGAACAAAA